ACAACCGGCCUGUCAUUUACAACAUGGCAGAAGUAGUUUCGUGUAGUAAUGUGAUGGUAAAAAAUCGUGUUUGGUGUUGUCCAAAUUGGUGAUAAAAGUGUGUUGUGUGCGUGUCGGGAUUGAUCAAACGCCAUGGCGGAUUUAACAAAACCGCCCCUAAGUGACAUCAAGCACCCCGAAGAGGUGGUGCGAAUGGCAAUGAACGAUAGUCUCAAGUUCGCCGUUUUAAUCGGACUGAUUGAAGUGGGCCAGGUGUCAAAUCGGGAGGUGGUCAACACUGUUCUGCAGCUGUUGGUGGGCGGCGAGUUCGACAUGGAGCUCAACUUUGUUAUACAAGAUGCUCAAAAUAUACGACAUAUGCUCGAGCUUCUCGAUCACUGCCCUCCUAAUCUACAGGCUGAAAUAUGGAGCGUCUUCAUAGCGAUCCUACGAAAGAGCGUUCGCAAUUUACAAGCUUGCACAGAUGUCGGUCUUAUAGAACAUGUGCUGAAGAGGUUGCGGAAUGCGGACGUUGUCGUUGCAGAUCUUUUAAUCGAAAUGCUGGGCGUUUUGGCCAGUUACAGUAUUACAGUGAAAGAGCUGAAAUUGUUGUUCGGUGCCAUGAAAGCCAUUAACGGCAAAUGGCCUCGUCAUUCGGCCAAGUUGUUAAACGUACUCAGACAGAUGCCCCAGAGGACGGGACCGGACGUCUUCUUCAGUUUUCCGGGACGGAAGGGAUCGGCCGUCGUCCUGCCGCCUCUGGCGAAGUGGCCGUACGAAAGCGGUUUCACGUUCACGACGUGGUUUCGUCUCGAUCCCAUAAACUCCGUCAACAUCGAAAGGGAGAAACCGUAUUUGUAUUGUUUUAAAACCAGCAAAGGUGUUGGUUAUACCGCGCAUUUUGUCGGCAAUUGUCUCGUUUUAACGUCGAUGAAAAUCAAAGGAAAGGGCUUCCAGCACUGCGUCAAAUACGAAUUUCAACCGAGAAAGUGGUACAUGUUGGCUGUUGUUUAUAUUUACAAUCGUUGGACGAAGAGUGAAAUUAAGUGCUUGGUUAACGGGCAGUUGGCUUCCAGUACGGAAAUGGCGUGGUUUGUGUCGACCAACGACCCUUUCGAUAAGUGUUACAUAGGAGCGACACCGGAGUUGGACGAGGAAAGGGUGUUUUGCGGUCAAAUGUCGGCGAUUUAUCUCUUCAGCGAGGCUUUAACCACGCAUCAAAUUUGCGCAAUGCACCGAUUAGGGCCCGGAUAUAAAAGCCAGUUUCGGUUUGAUAAUGAGUGUAAUAUUAAUUUACCCGACAAUCAUAAAAGGGUGAGUGAUAAUACCAGUGAGUCCAACUCUAGCAUGACUGCAUCAGAUGCACGAUCCGUUUUGUAUGAUGGAAAACUGUCAAGCGCCAUCGUUUUCAUGUACAAUCCAGUAGCUACGGAUAGUCAACUUUGUCUACAAUCCGCUCCUAAGGGAAAUAUAUCUUAUUUCGUCCACACCCCCCACGCUCUCAUGUUGCAAGACGUGAAAGCUGUGAUAACACAUUCCAUCCACAGUACAUUGAAUUCGAUCGGCGGUAUCCAAGUGUUGUUUCCUCUGUUUUCUCAACUGGACUUGCCUUAUGAAACGAACGGAUCGUCCGAUUCCAAAAGAGAUCCCACUUUGUGCUCAAAGCUUCUGGGUUUCAUAUGCGAAUUAGUAGAGACUUCACAAACUGUCCAACAACAUAUGAUACAAAAUAGAGGCUUUUUAGUCAUCAGUUUUAUGCUACAAAGGUCUUCGCGGGAACAUCUCACUUUGGACGUCUUAGGAUCGUUUCUCAGUCUCACUAAAUACCUCGUCACCUGUCUCAGUGCCAACAGCGAACUUCUACUCAAACAGUUGUUUUGCUUCUCGUUCCUCACCUGGCAGCUUCUCGAUCACGUACUCUUCAAUCCGGCUUUAUGGGUCCACACCAAUCCGAUGGUUCAAGCAAGACUGUAUAGUUACUUAUCGUCGGAAUUUCUCUCAGACACACAGAUCUAUUCAAACGUGCGACGCGUUUCGACAGUACUUCAAACAAUACAUACUUUGAAGUAUUAUUAUUGGGUUGUGAAUCCUCGUGCGAAGAGUGGAAUUACGCCGAAAGGUUUAGAUGGGCCACGUCCUGAUAACAAAGAGAUCCACAGUAUAAGACAGUUUAUUUUGUUAUUUUUGAAACAACUGAUAAUGAUCGGAAAUGGUGUGAAAGACGACGAACUACAAAGUAUUUUGAAUUAUCUAACGACGAUGCAUGAAAAUGAGAACCUUCACGACGUUCUUCAGAUGUUGAUCGGUUUGAUGUCUGAACACCCGUCAUCGAUGGUUCCCGCCUUCGAUGCUAAACACGGCGUUCGUACAAUCUUCAAACUUCUCGCGUCUGAAAGUCAGUUGAUUAGACUGCAAGCGUUGAAAUUGUUGGGAUUUUUCUUGAGUCGAAGCACUCAUAAAAGAAAAUACGACGUUAUGAGUCCGCACAAUUUGUACACGUUGCUCUCCGAACGACUGUUAUUAAACGAGGACGUCCUCACUAUACCGACUUACAAUGUUUUAUACGAGAUUAUGACGGAACACAUCAGCCAACAGAUUCUUUACACGAGACAUCCGGAACCGGAAUCGCACUUCCGGCUCGAAAAUCCCAUGAUACUAAAAGUGGUGGCGACCUUGAUCCGCCAAUCCAAACAAACCGAGCAUCUUCUCGAAGUCAAGAAAAUGUUUCUCUCUGAUAUGACUCUUCUCUGCAAUAACAACCGAGAGAAUCGGAGGACGGUCUUGCAAAUGUCUGUAUGGCAAGAAUGGCUUAUCGCAAUGGCAUACAUUCAUCCGAAAAACGCCGAAGAACAGAAACUCUCAGAUAUGGUGUAUUCUCUUUUCCGGAUGUUGCUUCACCAUGCUAUCAAAUACGAAUAUGGCGGAUGGCGAGUUUGGGUUGACACUCUUGCUAUAGUACACUCGAAAGUGUCUUAUGAAGAGUUUAAAUUACAAUUUGCCGAAAUGUACAAACAUUAUGAACGUCACAGAGCUGACAACAUUACGGAUCCUUUGGUGCGUCAGCAACAUCCCAUCAGUACGAUCUCGGGAUGGGAUCAACAGACUCAAGUUUCGAACGGUUGUCACUCUGAAGAGUGGCAUAAUUCGCAUCCCUUACAAGAAAUCGAACCGGAAACUGACAGGUCUGAACCUGUCUGCAGUUGUGAUUAUAAUUCCACAAUGUCGGAAGGAAGUCCGGCUUCCUAUCUCGCCAAACAUGAAGACAGUGAAGGCGUGUCGUUGGAUUCGAGAACCAGCGAUUUGUAUAGCGACGUCAAGAUAGGGAAAGAGUCGCCGUUUUCGCAAGAUUCGCCCAUUAAGAGUCAAGUGGCGGAGGAUACACCGGAAUCGGAAGUCACUGAAGACUCUCCGGUUUGUAACGGUAUCCACAAUGAGAGUAGUCCCAGUUUUGGUAGCCCGACUCGCAAUUGCGAAGAGGCAGUGAAAAAUGAAAUAAUUGAGGAGAUAGUACAGGAAAUCUUGAGUAAUUCUGAAAAAUUGCUCGAGGAGCGUGACGUGGAGUCGUUCUCACCAGUGGUGCACGACGAAGAGAUUGUCCAAGCCGUGAACGAGGUUGUCGAAGUCGCGAAGGACAUCCCGACUAGUCCCGAGAAGGAAAUUCAAGAUAGCGAGUCGGAAAGAUACUUAACGCCGACCGAAGAAACGGAAAAAGUGUGUGAAGACACCGACAAUAAAGCAAAAUCGGACAAUGAAAAUUCUAAACUCGAUAGUGUUAGUGAUAAACCGACUGAUAAUAAAAUAUCCGAAGCUGUGCCAAUCGUUGAAAUUAGUGCUGUGUCUGUAGAAUUAGAGCCGUCCAAUGUUGAAUCUAGUCUAGAAGCGAACAUUCCGGAAUCUAGUUGUAAUGAUGAUUCUAAAAACGAAGGCACCGAAACUAGCGAAGUGCCUGCUGUUGAAAAUAUACCAACGAUUUCACAAAUCUGUGAUCCUAGUCAUUAUACGUCGAGUGAUGAAACGCAGGAAAAUGCUCACGAGGAAACGAAACGGAGAGGGAGUCUGCCGAAUGGACAACAAGACAGUGGGAAGGAAAACCAAGCUCAAAAUUCGCCGCAAAAGAGACCGAGAAGUGCUUCGACUUCAACACAAGUCGACCCUAACCAUUUUGAUAAUAAACGCUCAAAGUCGGGUUCUUCGUCGACAAGACCCAUGUUUAGUCCCGGCCCAACACGUCCACCAUUCCGCAUUCCCGAAUUCAAAUGGUCUUACAUUCACCAAAGACUACUUUCGGACGUACUUUUCUCACUCGAAACCGACAUCCAAGUUUGGCGGAGUCACUCGACUAAGACGGUCCUGGAUUUCGUCAACAGUAGCGAAAAUGCGAUAUUUGUCGUAAAUACGGUUCAUCUCAUCUCGCAACUGGCCGAUAAUUUGAUUAUUGCGUGUGGGGGACUUUUGCCACUUUUAGCCUCAGCUACUUCGCCUAAUAGUGAGUUAGAUGUGAUUGAGCCGACUCAAGGCAUGCCGAUUGAAGUGGCCGUUUCGUUUUUACAAAGAUUGGUAAAUAUGGCUGAUGUAUUAAUUUUUGCCAGUUCUUUGAAUUUCGGAGAAUUGGAGGCGGAGAAAAAUAUGUCGAGUGGAGGGAUACUGAGGCAGUGCUUGAGAUUGGUUUGCACUUGUGCAGUUCGGAACUGUUUGGAGUGUAAAGAAAGGAGCCGUCCGCACCACACAAUUGCACCCACUUCACAUAACGCUACUCACAAGGCAGCACAUUUACAAUCAUUUAUCCGGGGAGGACAAAACUCCCCGAAGACCGUUGCUGAUAAUUUAUCACAAUCGACUCCCGUCAAGGACCCGGAAAAGCUCUUGCAGGACAUGGACGUGAACCGUCUUCGCGCUGUUAUUUACAGAGACGUGGUGAGAACCUUCAUCCAGGAGGAGACCAAACAGGCACAGUUCCUCUCACUCGCCAUCGUUUACUUCAUCUCCGUGUUGAUGGUGUCGAAAUAUCGCGAUAUUUUGGAGCCUCCCGUGUCGAUUCGUGCUCCCAGUCCGGUUCCUGCUGUACGAAACAACGGAACAUCGCAUUCGGGGAGUCCUCAAGAAGGGAGUGCGAGGCCUCUCUUCCCUCAGUGGUCUCACCACGUCUAUCCGCAAUUCCUGCCGGGCACACAUCCUAACGCCGUGCCUCAUCACAAUUACGUGAGGCAUCGGCAUUCCUACGUCAAACAUCACCAUAACCUUAAUAAUAACCACCAUUUGCAUCACCAUAACCAUAAAAUUGACCACCGCUACCACAGAAAUUCUAUUGCCGGCCACCAAGCUUCUCGUUCUGUGCACAACCAAACUCAGGAAGACAGCGAUUAUGACGUUAUUACGGAAUACGUCAUGGAAGAUAGCAAUUCUGUGGUCCAAGAGAACGAUCUUCAUUCAGGUCCACCGUCAAUUAAGGUUAACGCUAGACAGCGUCCUUCUCUUGGACAUGGGUUCUCUGUAGAUUAUUCUUUGGAUGGAAUAAGGCAUGCUCGAGGUCGUGACAAUGCUCGUAUUAAAAAGAGUACUGAUUCAGUCGAGGACAUCAAUUCGGUCAAUUCAUCUGAAACGAAUAAUGUAGGAUCGAAUAGCGAAAUGACAAUUGAAGACAAUAAAGUCAACAAUGAUGAAAACUGGACCGAUAUCAAUCUAAACGAAGAUGGCGAAUCGAAAGAAGACACGCGGAAUCUUCAAAACAUUACCGAAAUGAUCGACAUUGAAGGUAAUAUCGCUCCGGAACGCGGCGAGAAACACCACCCGGAAAUUUCAGUGGUUCGAGUCCCGGAUAACGUCAUCCAAACUCCGGCCCAAAUCCGGCCAGAUGAUCUUCCCGUCAGCAAUUUAGUAGAUCACAUCUCUGUACCCACGCCUUCGAGAGAAGCCUCUCUCACGCAAAAACUAGAGAUGGCGCUUGGCUCGGUUUGUCCACUCUUGAGGGAAAUCAUGGUCGAUUUUGCUCCUUUUCUUUCGAAAACUCUGGUCGGCUCUCACGGCCAGGAACUCCUAAUGGAAGGCAAAGGACUCACGACUUUUAAGAACAGUAACUCCGUCGUAGAGUUAGUAAUGUUGCUUUGCUCGCAAGAAUGGCAAAACUCGUUACAGAAACAUGCCGGUUUGGCUUUCAUCGAAUUGAUAAACGAGGGCCGUUUGUUGUCGCAUGCGAUGAAGGAUCAUAUCGUGAGGGUGGCAAACGAGGCUGAGUUUAUUUUGAAUCGGAUGCGAGCCGACGAUGUGCUCAAACAUGCCGAUUUUGAGUCGCAAUGCGCGCAGACUUUAAUGGAACGGAAGGAAGAAGAACGAAUGUGUGAUCAUUUGAUAACAGCGGCAAGACGUCGCGAUAAUGUCAUAGCUAGUCGGUUGUUGGAAAAAAUCCGGAAUAUUUUAUCAAACAAGCACGGAGCUUGGGGCUAUAUGGAUCCAGCGGCGGCUAAGUUAAGUGAGUUUUGGAAGUUGGACGCUUGGGAGGAUGAUGCUAGAAGGAGGAAAAGAUUUGUUCAUAAUCCGUUGGGAACGACGCAUCCGGAGGCGAGUCUCAAGGCGGCGAUCGAGCAUGGGGCGCCCGAGGAUGCCAUCUUGCAAGCCCGGGAAGAGUUCCACGCCCAUCUGGCGGCUACCAGAAACCAGCAACCGAUCCAGCCCAACGAUUUGAUGGAUGACAGUGAACUGUUGACCGACGAUCGAGAAUUAGAUAACGAUCUGACAGGCCCCGUCAAUAUCAGUACAAAGGCUAAAUUAGUGGCCCCCGGUGUCGUGGCGCCCGGAAUGGUGUCCAUAACAUCGACCGAACUCUAUUUCGAAGUCGACGAGGAGGACGUCGAAUUCAAGAAGAUCGAUACCGAGGUGCUGAAAUACUGCGAUCACUUGCAUGGAAAGUGGUACUUUUCUGAAGUCAGGGCCAUCUUCUCGCGGAAAUAUCUACUCCAGAAUGUGGCCAUCGAGAUUUUCCUUGCGAGCAGAACUUCGAUCAUGUUUGCUUUUCCCGAUCAAGCCACCGUGAAAAAGAUAAUAAAGGCCUUGCCUCGGGUGGGCGUCGGUAUCAAAUAUGGAAUACCACAAACAAGACGGGCUAGUAUGAUGUCACCUCGACAACUGAUGAGAAAUUCAAAUAUGACGCAGAAAUGGCAACGCAGGGAGAUAUCAAAUUUCGAAUAUCUCAUGUUUCUCAAUACGAUAGCCGGACGGACUUAUAACGACCUCAACCAGUACCCUGUGUUUCCUUGGGUCCUCACAAAUUACGAAACAAAGGAACUCGACCUAAGCCAACCUAGCAACUAUCGUGAUCUUUCCAAGCCAAUCGGAGCCUUGAAUCCGAAUCGAAGAGCCUAUUUCGAGGAGAGAUAUUCGACAUGGGAGCACGAAAGCAUCCCACCGUUUCAUUACGGCACUCACUAUUCGACUGCAGCUUUUGUCUACAACUGGAUGAUUCGUGUCGAACCGUUUACUACAAUGUUCCUCGCUUUGCAAGGCGGCAAAUUCGAUUAUCCGAACCGUCUUUUCACUUCGGUGGCUCUUUCCUGGAAGAACUGUCAACGCGAUACUUCCGACGUCAAAGAGUUAAUUCCAGAGUUUUUCUUCCUACCGGAAAUGUUCCUCAAUGCGAAUCGAUACAGGUUAGGGAUUGGUGAAGACGGGAAAGCUAUCGGUGAUGUGGAAUUACCACCAUGGGCGAAUUCCCCGGAGGAGUUCGUCCGGAUUAAUCGAAUGGCUUUAGAAUCGGAGUUUGUCUCUUGUCAGUUGCACCAAUGGAUCGAUUUGGUGUUUGGGUACAAGCAGAAAGGUCCAGAAGCGGUGCGAGCAACCAACGUUUUUUAUUAUUUGACAUAUGAGAACAAUGUCGAGUUGGAUUCAAUUCAGGAUAAGGUGAUGAGGGAAGCAGUGGAGAACCAAAUCCGAAAUUUUGGUCAAACGCCGUCUCAAUUAUUGAUGGAACCUCACCCUCCACGAAGCUCAGCCAUGCAUUUAUCGCCGAUGAUGUUCUCCAGUAUUCCUGAUGACGUUUGCAUGACGAUGAAAUUCCUAUCGAAUAGUCCCAUCGUCCACAUUUCAGCCAACACUUACCCACAGUUAUCGAACCCAUCAGUGGUCACCGUGACCAUGCACCAGCAAUUCGCGGUAAAUCGUUGGAAUUCGGGGUACGCAGCUGUGGCCCAAUCACCGAGUUAUGCAGAAACGCCCCAAAACCAGGCUGCCAACUUACCACUCUCCAUGGACCCGGUUUUAUCCCAAACAAACAACAGUGCCCAGAAUCACAUGCUUCGUCGCCACCUUGGGGAUAAUUUCAGUCAGAAUUUAAAAAUUCGAUCUAAUUGUUUCGUCACGACCGUUGAUAGUAAAUUUUUAAUUGCAUGCGGUUUUUGGGAUAAUAGUUUUCGGGUGUUUUCGACCGAAACUGCCAAAAUCGUGCAAAUUAUUUUUGGUCAUUACGGCGUUGUCACUUGUUUGUCACGAUCGGAGUGUAAUAUAACAUCCGAUUGUUAUAUAGCAUCGGGGAGUGUCGAUUGUACGGUUUUGUUGUGGCACUGGAACGCACGAACUCAAACGAUUGUCGGCGAAGGGGAAAUACCGUCUCCUAGGGCGACAUUGACGGGACACGAACAACCCGUUUCCAGUGUGGUGAUAUCGGCAGAGUUGGGAUUGGUCGUUUCAGGAUCCUAUAAUGGUCCAGUUUUGGUGCAUACGACUUUCGGCGAUUUGCUCCGGUCUCUGGAGCCCCCGCAAGGUUACGCCUCGCCAGAGAACAUCGCAAUGUCGCGAGAGGGAGUCAUCGUCGUGAACUACGAAAAAGGGAAUAUUGCCGCCUUUACCAUCAACGGGAAGCGGUUGAGACACGAGUCCCAUAACGAUAAUUUACAGUGCCUAUUACUUAGCCGAGAUGGAGAAUAUUUGAUGACCGGUGGUGACAAAGGCAUUGUGGAAGUGUGGAGAACGUUCAACUUGGCUUUAUUAUAUGCCUUCCCAGCGUGUGAUAGUAGCGUUAGGUCUCUUGCGUUAUCACAUGAUCAAAAGUUUUUGCUAGCGGGUCUAGCUCUAGGAUCGAUAGUCGUAUUUCACAUUGAUUUCAAUAGAUGGCACCAUGAAUUUCAGCAACGUUACUAAACUUAGCACGUACUUAUUCCUGUUUUAAUGUAGUACUUAAUAUUGGAUUUUAUUGUUCAAUUACAGUAGCGAGAUGUAUUUUUUGUUCUGUUUGUUUUUCGAUAUUUUAAUGUGCAAUAUCUUCGUAGUUUUUUUAUUGUUAACUGAUUUUGUUUUAUGUAUAGAUGUAGAUAAUGAUUUUACAUUCCGUAGUAAGUUAGUAUUGGCUUCGUCUGUUGUAAAAUACUAACUUAUGAAGAUAGUGUGCAUUAUUAUAUGAUUUUAAUUUGAGAGACUAGCUUUUAAGGGUUAAACAGUUCAAGUCAAUCUUUAAAGCUGGCUUUUAAUGAGUUGUGAGUGAGUUUAAGCACAUAGUUAUGCUUAGGGCUUGCACAUCCAUUGCCAGCAAUUGUUGAGCCAAAUUUUGGCGCACUUUUUCGAUACUGUAUCUUCAUCAACGCUACGAAGUCGGUAAAGAUACAGUCAUCUUAAAAACCAUUCCCUCCAGCAUAUGUAUUAUAUAUUGCAAAUCUGUCCAGAUAUAAAAAUCAAACUUAUUGUAUAUAAGUAACUUGUUUUUUUAUGAUACGCUACUUAAUUAUGUGUAUUUAAAAAUAUUUAAUUCUUGUAUUAUUUUAUUACUUAUGGAGAUUGUACUUAAUUGUAAUAAGAAACAUUGUAUGUUUGAUGUUAGCAAUAAACAUUCAUCAUUUGUAUACACAAUAUUAAAAAUAAAUGUGUUUUGUUCA